AUGCGAGCACUCCGGUAUUAUGGCCCCCAGGACCUCCGUUUGGAUUACGAUGUGCACGAACCGGAUUGUCUUCCGCAUCAAGUCAAAGUCCGACCCUCGUUCUGCGGAAUAUGUGGCUCGGACCUUCACGCGUAUUUGUCGCCGACGGCAAUACCUUUCAAGGACACGCCUCAUCCGAUAACAGGCGAGACAUGGCCCGUAACCCUAGGUCACGAGUUUUCCGGCGAUGUCGUACAAGUCGGAUCAGAAGUGCGGAACGGACUUGCGAUUGGGCACAGAGUGGCUGUACAGCCCACCAUUUGCUGCGAAAAAUGCCCACCCUGUGGGCAAGGGUUGACCAACUGUUGUGAUCUUUUUGGUUUUGUUGGCCUGACAGGCUGGGGCGGUGGUCUUUCGGAUUAUGUGUGCGUGGAUGCGCGGUACGUGUUCAAGCUACCAGACUCAAUCCCGUCCGAUAUAGGAGCACUCGUAGAGCCACUUGCUGUGGCCUGGCAUGCUGUUGACCAAGCUAUCAUCACGCCGGGAGACAGUGCUCUGGUUAUGGGUGCAGGUCCAAUCGGCCUGGCUGUGGUCCAGUGUCUCAAGGCUCGAAAAGCUGGGCAGAUAAUUGUGGUCGAAAUAGCGGAAAGUCGGAAGGAUUUUGCCCGGCAAUCUGGAGCCACCACCGUCAUUGACCCUCAGACGGAAGAUGUGGUCUCCAAGUGCAAGCAUCUCUGCAACGGCCAGGGGCCAGAUAUAGCGCUUGAUUGCGCUGGAGUCGCUGCUAGCAUUAACGCUGCCUGUCUAGCUGUCAGGAAGAAAGGUCUGAUUAUUAAUGUCGCUCUCUGGGAAGAGCCGGUUCCCAUUGAGGUUAACAACCUUAUGUUUGGGGAAAAGAGACUUUCUGCAGCCCUGAGCUACACCACGGUGGAUUUCCAGAAUGUUAUUACGGCUCUGGAGGGUGGAUUAUUAAAUGUGGAAGGCAUGAUCACGAAGACAAUCACCCUCGACCGGGUGGUUGAGGACGGCUUUCUAGCGCUCAUGCAUGAGAAAGAUAAGAACAUUAAGGUACUCGUAAAUGUUAGGGCAUAG